UGUAAUAUAAUGCAGAUUACUGUAGGAGUUAUUUCGAUUACUAUUGGUCAUUAUGAAGUGCAUUUGGCUUGUGUUGCUUGUAGAGGUUAUGAGCGUAGUUGAUUCACAUCGGACGCUGACCAACGGGGGGAGUUAUGAAGUAUCUUCGUUUUCCACGAAAGCUAAAUCAAUAGCAGAGGUGAUCUACAUGAUGUGCUUGCCCAAAGUUCCUGAUUACGUUCACGCAACAGCAAGACCGAGCAACCCAUCUUUGCCCCACAAGUUCAACGUGACCAUUCUUGAAAUUAAGAAACUCAGCUUUAUAGUUGAAAUAGAGCGAGUUGAUCAAGCUACAGGGUGGGAUAGGAUGCCGAUAACUGUGGAUUGGUUCUCGUAUAUAGGUAACGGAACGGGUUAUCAGAAUCUGAUCCUUUGGUUUCCUGAUGCUGCAAAUAGAACACCCAUGAACCUUACCACAGCAUCGAAGUACUGCAUUGACAAUGGCGGUCGAUUGGUGGAUAUUGUGGAUAAAGCGAUGUACGACGUGGUUUAUAACUAUUGUCAACAAACCAUCGUAUUCGGAUCACAUAGUUGGGCUCGUAUUUGGCUCGGUUUAAGUUACAACACAACGGUAAGGCUGGAAUACACACAUAUAUAACGUAUCUAGUUAUGC